AUGGCCCAAUUGAUCGUCGUAAAUUCGACGUCAGUCCUUGCUGCGCUCGUAGUCGUCUACGGUGCAGCUCUUGCAUUCUAUCGCCUCAACCUACACCCUCUGGCAGAAUUUCCAGGCCCCACUCUCAGCAUCAUUUCUUACUGGUAUGAAUUUUACUUUGAGAUCGAGCGACUUCAUGAUAUUUCCGGACCUAUCAUCCGCAUUAAUCCAGACGAAUUGCAUAUCAAAGAUGCUGAUUUCUUUAAUAUCCUUUACUCUAGCAGCGGUGGCGAGCAACGCAAUAAAUACGCCCGCCAUCAGAAUGCGAAUGAGUCGCCUGGAUCCGUUGCUUCCACCGGACCAGCCGAUCUUCAUCGGCUUAAACAGUCAGCUCUGAAUCCGUUCUUUUCAAAAGCUUCAAUUACACGCCUCGAACCACUCAUCCAAGAGAAAGUUGAGCUACUAUGCAAUGGUCUAAGGAACCUUAUGGAGAGGAAAGAGAUUGUCUAUGUUGGCGCCGCAUACUACUCUUUGUCCUUAGAUGUGAUUUCUGAUUACUCUUUUGGCACAUCUUGGCACUGCCUUGAUACGCCUGGUUUCGCGACCGAAUGGGAGAAGACAAUCAUAUCGGUACUCGAGUCAACUCCUCUCAGUAAACAGCUGCCUUGGAUAAAUUUGCUUAUACAACGACUUCCAGCAGCCUGGAGGAAACGGCUCACUCCCGACAUUGGAGUCCUCAUUGCAACGAAACAGAAAAUUGGAAAGCAAAUUUCUCACAUCAAGAAUUCUCUUGCCCUUGUUGAUUCUCUUCCACCACUCGAAAAGGAACUUCGCCGUGUUAUUGAUGAAGCAUUCGUUCUCCUCAUAUCCGGAACUGAUACCACGGUUCAUGCUCUAGCGAUCGCCACAUACCACCUACUCGCCAAUCCCUCCAUACUCUUCACAUUGAAGGAAGAGCUAAAAGUAGCGAUCCCCGACCCUUCAUCUCCACCAUCUUGGCGGGAGCUUGAACAACUCCCCUACUUGCGCGCCGUUAUCAGCGAGACUCUUCGCAUAGGAGCAGUGGCAACUAUCCGCAUCGCAACACAGGCACCGAGUACUCCAACCAAUUACAAAGACUGGAUAAUUCCAGCCGGGACUCCGGUUGCUAUGAAUACGCGCUCCAUUCUUCACGAUCGUCAAAUAUUUCCCGAACCAGAGAAGUUUCAGCCAGAGCGACUGGAUAAGUAUUUGGUAGCAUUUUCAAAGGGUUCAAGAGCUUGUCUGGGAUUGAAUUUGGCAUAUGCAGAGAUGUAUUUGGCGCUGGCGAAUGUGAUGAGGAGGUUUGAGAUGGUGCUUGAUGAUGUAGUUAGGGAAAGGGAUGUUGAUAUUGUGAGGGAUUGUAUCAUUGGGCUCCCUUCCAAGGGGAGUAAGGGUGUAACGGUUAGGAUUCUAAGGGAGAAUUGA